CGCAGGUUGUUGGACAGAUUCCCACCAACACAGAUCAUCAAACAUGGGCAAGGUACAGUGUGUAGAGAGAGAAGGGAAGCAGGAAACAAGAGCUUUUCGGUUCAGGAGAAACUUAUGCAAACAAGUAGAAAGAAUGAUAAAAUAAGAGACAGACACGAGAGAGUGCAAUCUUUCAAAAGUUCAUUUUAAAAUGUCUUUUUCUUUCCUGCAGAUCAUCUUCUACGAGGACAGGAACUUCCAGGGUCGCUCCUAUGAGUGCAUGACCGACUGCUCGGACAUGACCUCCUACCUGAGCAAGUGCAGCUCCUGCCGGGUGGAGAGCGGCUGCUUCGUGGUCUACGAUCGUCCCAACUACCUGGGAAACCAGUACUUCCUGAGGAGAGGGGAGUACUCGGACUACGUGGCCUUUGGCAUGAGUGACUCUAUGCGAUCCUGCCGUUUAAUUCCUCAGCACAGAGGCUCCUACAGGAUGAAGAUCUUCGAGAGGGAGAACUUCCAGGGCCAGAGUCACGAGCUGAUGGACGACUGCGACAACAUCACGGAGCGCUACCGCAUGUCCGACUGCCAGUCCUGCAACGUGAUGGACGGCCACUGGCUGAUGUACGAGCAGCCCCACUACCGGGGCAGGAUGCUGUACCUGAGUCCCGGGGAGUACCGCAACAUGAGGGACGCGGGCUACAGCAGCAUGAGGUUCAGCUCCGUCAGGCGUAUAAUGGAUUCCUGUUGAAGCCGGGUUCAAAAAAUGUGCUGUCG